UACGCAUCGUGCCACACUUUUUUAUCUAUAUACUUUAUAUAUACCUCAUAUAUACGCGCGUAUUCCUCUAUUGGCAUACAUAGGCUCAGCAUGCCUAAACGAAAGGGAGCCACCAGGUUCUCUGGCGUGGCCCCCGGGUCCGAUGACGAGGAUGUGAUGCAGAUCAACGAAACGCAGGAGGAACGGCCCGCGAAGAAAGUUAGAGGGAGACCUCGCUCGAAGUCCACGGAGCCCAAACCAUCUGCGCAGACGAAGAGGAACUCGGAUGUCCCCGCCCCGCCCGCGGAACCCACGACGAAGAGAACGACGCGAAGAGGUCGACCGAAGGGUUCGAGAACCUCGGUGCAGGCAGCAGAGGCGCAGGAGACGACAAAUCAACCAGGACCAGGCACGGCAGCGGCAGAGGAUGCAGGUCCGCAGACAGUGGAGAAUGCUCCGACUGCCAAUGGCCAGGUCGAUGACGCGCAGGAGGCUCCCAAGUCAAAAAAGCCCACCAGAGCUGCAAAGUCUGCAGGUACACGUGGCCGGAAGAAGGGAAGUACGGGGAACCAGCUCAAGACCGACGGCGAAUUUGAGUAUACCCCAAGUGCGGCGCGACAGACCAAAUCCCCUGGAAAGGCGAAGGAGCCGUCAGAGCAGCCCGAGCAGUCGGAGCAGCCGAAGAGACAGCAACGGAAAACUCGCAUGCAAACCGAGGCCGAUAAUGAAGCGCCCGAGACCGAGAACGAGGCACCUGAUGUGCCCGAAGUGGUUGAAGAGACAAUGCUGCAGGAAGAGCCUGUGCUGCCACGUGCUGCUUCGGCCUCGCCCACCAAGCGUAGGCAAUCGACCCAGCGAAACCUGCUAAGCUCCCCGGCCAAGCGCAGAAGUGCAACUAUCGGAGAGGACGAUAAAAACGGCGGAGAGCCGGAAUUACGACGGAAGAUUGGUGAGCUUACACGAAAAUGCGAUACCCUGGAGAGCCGAUAUCGCACCCUCAAGGAGAUCGGAAUAGUGGAGGCAAAUGCCAACAUGGACAAGUUACGGAAACAGUGUGAAUCGAUGAAAACUGCAUCGGACAAUGUAAUUGCGUCGUUGAAAGAAGAACUGGGAGCUCAGAAAGUGCUCGGCCAGCAAAGUCGGACGCUACAGAAAGAACUCAAGGAACGUGACGCCGAGAUUGCGCAGCUUAAGUCGCAGGCCGAAGAAGCAUCGUCUCAAGUGACAUCGGCCCAAACAGAAGCCAAGGCUCUUAAGACUAAGCUUGCCGCUGCCCGGAAUACCGCCGCAAGCCUGGAGAACGCCGCGAUCAAGGUCCCUGGUAGUGCUAUUAAGGGCGGCGGUGCGAACCGUGCCAAUGCCGCGGCGAAUGCCGAGGCUGCGCACGCUGCUCAGUUCGCACAAUUGAAAGAGGAUCUGUAUAGUGAUCUCACAGGUCUCAUCAUCCGCGAUGUUAAGAGGAGGGACGCCGACAAUCUGUAUGAUUGCAUCCAGACCGGUAUCAACGGAACUCUUCAUUUCAAGUUGGCCGUUCCUCUGGACGAGACCGCUGCCAGUUUUGAGACCGCCGAAUUCCAGUACAUUCCGUUGUUGGACGAGAACCGAGACCGCGAGCUAGUUGAUAUUCUUCCUGAAUACCUCACGGUGGAUAUCACGUUUGUUCGCCAGCAGGCGUCGAAAUUCUACACUCGAGUCAUCGACGCACUCACGAAGCGGCGAAACAGUUCCACUCGCUAAUGAGUGGCCUGAAUUUCCUGUGACCUUUGCAGCCAUCCUGGCACUCCACUUUCUUUAGCCUUCUUUCUUGCUUCCUGAGUUUGUCAAAUUGGACCCAGCUCGAUCUGCCAAUACUUCUUCGUCAGCGCAUUGGCAGGAGUCUGGUCAAACGGCGUUUGAGUCAUUGCAUAUUUACAUUGGACACGGAGGCGUAUGGUGCUGGACUAAUAACUUGGGUAUAUUGAGUAAUUUGGAGUAAUUGAAGCAAUAGGAGUAUGCAAAGCGACUG